AUGUCGACUGGGUUUCCGGACCAUGCGCAUCCAGAUCCUGUCGUCCUCGCCCAGUCUCGCCACUUGUCUCACAACAUAGCGAAGUCUUCUUCGCAGUCUAAUUUUCAGAUGAGCGAGAUCGCACACCCCAGAUCGUCGCCUGGGCCUAUUGUAGGCGAGACGAAAGGCACGGUAUCCUCAAAUCCCUCUGCGGGAGAGGAGCGCACAAGCGGGGCCAACAAACCAGUCCAGAAGCGGAGCGUGGAUUAUGUGUUACGGAGCGGGUUAGCAGGAGGGUUAGCGGGGUGUGCGGCCAAAACCGUGGUGGCACCGCUCGACCGCGUUAAAAUCCUCUUUCAAGCGUCGAAUCCGCAAUUUGCCAAAUACACUGGCAGCUGGAAUGGGCUCGCGUCUGCCAUUCGUGACAUCAACCGCCAUGAAGGCGCCUCGGGUCUGUUCAAGGGCCACUCGGCCACCCUCCUCCGUAUCUUCCCCUACGCCGCCAUCAAGUUCCUUGCCUACGAGCAGAUCCGCGCUGUGGUGAUUCCAUCCCUCGACAAGGAAACACCGGUCCGCCGCCUGAUCUCGGGGAGUCUGGCGGGCAUUACGUCGGUGUUCUUUACGUACCCGCUGGAACUGCUUCGGGUGCGGCUAGCCUUUGAAACGAAACGGUCAUCGCGCUCGUCCUUGAGGGAUAUCUGCCGCCAGAUCUACCACGAGCAUGUGGUGCCUCCAUCCUCGACUGCAUCUUCCCCCGCUGCUACCACCACCACAACCACAGCCACAGCCGGCGCCCAGUCCUCAGGCUCCGUCGCCACCGCCGUCAACCAGGUCGUACCACGCUCCGGCAUUGCCAACUUCUACCGCGGCUUCGGCCCCACACUCCUCGGCAUGCUCCCAUACGCCGGUGUGUCCUUCCUCACCCAUGACACGGUGGGCGACUGGCUCCGCCGCCCCGCCGUAGCACAAUACACCACGAUCCCCGGAUCCGAAGCCAAGCCGGGCAAAAAGGGCUCGCGACGGCCACAGCUUACCGCCGCGGCGGAGUUAUUCUCCGGCGCGAUGGCCGGCCUCAUCUCGCAGACCUCGUCCUAUCCGCUGGAAAUCAUCCGGCGGCGGAUGCAGGUCAGCGGUGCGGUGGGUAGUGGCAGCCGCCUCGGGAUUAUACAGACAGGCCGCAAGAUUUGGCUUGAGAAGGGCUUCCGCGGGUUCUGGGUUGGGUUGACUAUCGGGUAUAUCAAGGUCGUGCCUAUGGCUGCGGCCAGUUUCUUUGUUUAUGAGCGAUUGAAGUGGUCCUUGGGGAUUUAG